UAUUACAGCUUAAAGUAAGGGUAAAAAUGUAAUUUAAACAAAAAAACAAAAACUACCUAUUGAGAAGAGAGGAGAGAUAAUGGAAGAUAUAAAACCAGUUUAUACUUUCUCAGACAAGACUAGAGAGCUGAACAGAGGGAGGUUUUAGGUGAAUAAUAUCCGUUGGCAAGACGACCAAAAGAUGGAAGAUGAAGCAGGAGCAACUAGUGAAGGAAAUUUGCUGUCCAUUGAUGAGUGUUGCUGCUGAUCUGGACAUUGAUCGCGACUAUUACUUCAUUACAAUGCGUGAUCUACAUACCAAGCCCAUAGUUAGGGUAUUCUGCAUGAAAUGCACUACUAAACUACAAAGACUUGUUAUGUUGUGGGCUUCUAUGAAGAGAAUAGAUCCCGCUAUUGUUACAUUGUACCAUGAACAGGCACGUGUUGACCUUGAAGGUACCUUUGAUAGUCAAGGUGUUUUUGAUGGGGACGUCAACUACGUAGUUAUUAAGUAUUUGGAAGGUUAAGAUAAGGUCCAUUUACUAAAUGUAAGGUGCAAGAUUUUUAUAUGGAUUAUGUUUUAUUUCCGGAAUCAGCAUAAUUGGUUAUGUGAAGGUCCAAUUAGUAUAUGUAACUCAUAAGUAAUGUAGUACCCUUUAUUUGAAAGUAUUAAUGAAUUUUCUAUA